UUUGUCCAGACACAAUUAGCCUGUGUGGUCAACAGCCUUGUCCUGAAUUGUCUCCUAUUCUUUGAGUUUUCUUUUCUUCUCAUUGAUGGCUCGCUAUAAUCCAGGCAAAACCUUUUUUAAGCAGCACUCCAGCUAACAGGAAGAGAUAGACUGACAGUUUGUAUUUAAAUCAUCCUCUCUGGCACUGGAGACUUCAUAAUGAGAACUCAUGUAAAUUAACAUGUAGACAUUGCACAUAAAGAAAGAAAAGCACGUUGUCUGAACAUGUUACAUCUGACACUGGUGACGGGGUGAAUGAAACUGCUUCUACAGUAAUUGAAAAUGAAUAAUUUUAACCCCAUAACGGAUCUCUGUUGAGCUGUAACAAUCUGCAUGAAUACGGUCUCGAUAAUAAUGUUUAACUGAAACCUCUAGGGGGAGACAAACCUUCGUGAUGUGCUUCUCCUUGUGGCAACCAAUAUAUAACUUCACUCAAUUCCAGCAAUUUUCAGCAGGUGAAAGAGGUUUGUUGUUUAACAUGUUGCGGAAUUUGUUUUCCCCAGAAGAGGCACUGGAACGAUUCGUGCAUUUAUAUAAAUUUCACCAGAGCUGCACCAUUAUGUGAGUCAGCUUGGAGCCAGCAGUCUGCCAGAAGUUAAGGACCGACUCUUUAACCUCCCCCUCUCUCACUGAGUCCCUGUCCGGACAACAUUGUCCGAUCUUCCCCCUGGGCUGAUCAGCAUGACAAAGCACUGGCCGCAGCAACGCGUCUUGGCACCACCCGCUUCUCUGUCCUCCACCGGAGAACAACACCCCGACCAUCAACUUGACUUCCACAGAAACGCGCAGCAGACCGUCCCUGUCGGACGUGUAACGUGGAUCUCUGCGGUUCAUCCACGAUCCCUCCCUGCGGCUCAGAUGGUUCCCCAACAGCCGCCGCUGCGCAUAGAGAAACCCUCAGCGCGCCCGGAACACCUCAGCGGUGCCACAGCACUCAUGGAUAAAGCCGCACCGUACUCAAAUGCACAUGAUGAAGAACCCAAACAAGAUUCUAUUGACCGAGAUUCAUGGAACAGUGAAAGGAAGAAGAGUAAGAGCACCGAUGGGAAGAAAAAGAACUACCAGCGUUAUCCUAAACCACCCUACUCCUACCUGGCAAUGAUUGCUAUGGUCAUCCAAAGAUCUCCAGAGAAGAAGCUGACUUUAUCUGAGAUCCUAAAGGAGAUCAGUACCCUCUUCCCAUUUUUCAAAGGAAACUACAAAGGCUGGCGUGAUUCAGUGCGUCAUAACCUCUCGUCCUAUGACUGCUUUGUCAAGGUGUUGAAGGAUCCGGGUAAGCCGCAGGGAAAAGGUAAUUUCUGGGCAGUAGAGCUGAGCCGUGUUCCACUUGAACUCCUAAAGAGGCAGAACACGGCAGUGUCACGUCAGGAUGAGACCAUUUUUGCCCAGGACUUGGCACCCUACAUCUUGCAGGGACACAAACCAGAGACCGAGGCUACUCCAGACCCCGUGACCCCCCUUCUUCCUAUGCGUGCUGAAAACCCAUCUCCACGACAGGAAGAAUUGUUUAGACCCAAGCUGGACUCAUCUUUUGCUAUUGAUUCUCUGCUACACAGCCUACGUCCCACAAGUGCGUCUGGGGAUGUGGACGCAGCUACCAGAGACUUCUGGGGUGAUGGGGAGCAUCCGAGAACUUCCCCGCCCACGUGGCCACGCUACGCCUCCUCUGCCCGUAGUGUCUCUGCCAGCUCUGCCAGCCCUGCUUCUACCUCGUCCUCAUCCGAUGAAGAGUGGAAGGGAAUGUCUCUGUCAGGGAAGCGAGCUCCCCCAGAUGGUGACGCAGGGUCUGAUGGUUUUGAUGACUACCGACCACCACUGCACAAAUCAGCCAGACGGGAAACUGCUGCGCCUCCCUGGGAGUUACCUACAUCUUACGCCAAGUAUGCUCCACCAAAUGCAGUUGCUCCACCCAGCAUGAGGUUCAAUGGGGGUCCCCUAAUGCCACUACACGGUGGGCUUCCUCUUUACAACUAUGGGUCAUCUCCAGUGGCACCUGGACACUUUUUAGGCCACACCUAUUGGCCUAUACUGUCUAGUGGGCGAGUUUCAGUACAAGCGCCUCCAAUUUUAAUGGACCUUGACAACAUGUUGCAGUCUGUGCCACCAAAUAAGAGCGUCUUUGACGUCCUGGUGCCAAGCAAUCAGAACUCUCACACACACCACCAUCAUCAUCAUCACCAGCCUCCAAGCCAGUAUGCACUGCAGAAUGGGCCACCUUUAAACCGAUACUCUCAGUACUGACAGACUAUAACUUUUGUCCAAACAUACAGAUUUUGAACAGUUAUAAUCCAAAACUUUUCCUAAUCUUAGUCUUAAUCAUAUCCUCAUCUCAGGCCCUCUGUUAAAAUGCAACAAGGGUCCAACUGCAGGAAGUGCCUUUAAUGUUGUUUUGUUUUUGGUAAGGCGAAAACUGUGUAUUUAUUUCGCCGAUAUCAACUGCAUCACAAACAUUCACAACUCUCUACCUCCUUUCAGCUCUUUGCACUAGCAUGGCUCUUUGCACUGUUAACUGGCAUUGCAGAGCUUUUGUAAAUGGAUAGUUUUUGACUGUUGUUUUUUUGAAUGUUGUCCAACUACUUGAAUGUGAAGCUGGAUCUAACUCAAUCCAGAUCCAAUGUAAAUAGAGAAAACUAGGAUUGAAAGUGUUACAUAUUAACGUCAAAUGCAAAAUUAGAUUUUUUUUUAAAACCGCUCAACUAUUAUACACAGGAAGUCUUUUCUUUCUAAAAACCCUUGUGUCAGUGUCAGGAAGCCAAUGUUAUUUUGAUUAUGCACAGCUACAUUAACAUUCAGAUCUUUUAAUUGUUCUAUUUGUACAUAUUGUCAUUUACCCAAGAUUAUCUCAUGUCUCUGCCACAUUGUUGUGACUGAAAACCAUCUGCUGUACAACCACCACUAUCUACCUCAGAAUAAGACAUGAGUUCAGUAAAAUAUUGCACUGUUAGGUAUUUGCACUAUUGUAGUGUCACAAUCAUCUUCUGAAGGGAAUUGUUUACAAAUGUCCACACACUGUGACUACUGAAUGUUUUGUUAGGUUCUCAAUCUGCUCCUUUGGUCCUAAUGUUCUGUGCUUAUCUGUGGUAAAAACUCAUUUCAGAGGUUGAACGCUCAAAAGAAUGUAAUGAAGUUUAACAGGGUAUGUAAUAAAAGGCUGUCUAUUUUAACAGUGCUGCUCAGUGUCGUGUAGUGAUAAGUAAACACAAUCAUGAACAACUUUGUUCCUAAUUUAUGGCGUGAAUGUGCAUCGGUGCAUGUUUGAUUCCACUGUAUUAUGAAUGCUUUUACAUAUUUGGUGCUACAUAAUAGGAAGCAGCAGCAGGAUAUGAUGGAUGGAUUUAGCACAUACAUUGAUGCAUAUACAAAGAAAUUAACUUUGAUCAAGUUUCAGGACACAGGCACUAAAAAACACACACAGUUGAUUUACAUCAACCGUUCAGCAGCCGUCAGCCUCCUGCUGUGGCCACUAUCCCUUUAUCAGCUGCCUUACGCAUGCCUGCACUCCUUCACCAUCGUCGCUACUCUGCACCCUGAUCAUUCCUGAUGAGGUGGGAGGAAGGGACAUCACAAGUCCUCCCCCGACCCCAAAACACAAAUAGAUGCAAACCCCCUUAGGGAUGACUAUGAAUCAAGACCUGGAGCAGGUCAUUUGAAUUUCAAGAGGUUAAUUCAUAGAUAAUGUUGUGUGUUUGCACAUCUCACAGGUUGUCAUAUUACUGUACUACGUAUAGAAUUUUAAUGACAUCAUGAAUGUUCCAU